AUGGCAUCUCCUUUCCAAGUUCUGGGUUUCACUGUGCCCCCGAGACGUCGAGUAAAGUUCUUUGUUGAAAUGCCCGUGGAAAUCAUGUUUAUGGUUGCAAAUUUCUUAAGCAACACUGAUUUGGCAAAUUUGAGACUUGUGUCAAAGGAUUUUGGCUGGGUUGAAGCUGUUCUGUUGAAAACAAUUCGCAUUAGGGUGUCUGCCGAUUUUGUGAGAAAGGCUGAACUUUUUAUACAAGCACGUCCUGGCACCACAACUAUCCACUGUCUUUCUUUCAGCGCCGCUUUUGCCAGACCCGGGGUGAAAGGUGUCAAAACGUGGAAGAUACUAACGGCUGGCGUUUCCAUGUUAAUCUCCCGGGGUGAUGUUGUGAAAAUUCAAAAAGUCAGUAUGCUACCAAGCAGCACAGAAAUCAUACCAUUUCUUAAUGCUUUGCGCCGGAGUGGAGUGACAACAAUAAAAACACUUGAGCUUCAUCGAUUCACUGAGCAUAAUGGAAUAUAUGCUCGUGACGCAGACCGGCUAGGCUCUCUUCUUGCGGGCAUAGAAGCCCUAGGAAUUUCCAUUGAAUGUUGGAGCCCGAGGAGCGGCUAUCCUCGAUUUAUGACUUUGGUAACAGGCAGUUGCAGAAACUUAAAGGUCCUUGAGCUCUCCCUUUGGAUGAGAAAUUUAAGGGUAGCAAGAGCGAUUCCCCACCCUCUGGACCUAGGGAUAAGUAGAGUCAGAUUUCCGCAGCUUCGUUCCUUAACCCUUUCCCAACUCGCCCUUGACUGGAACUGCUUUGACUGGCCUCUUUUCACGUCCAGCAAAGCUCUUGAGACGGUGAACCUAUUUGAUAUUUUGCUGCAACCGACGGAUCUAGGGCGCUAUUAUGCCGACUACAUGCCUCAGCUCUGGCCGCAUUUAUGGAUAGGAGACGACUGGGGGAGCGUGAUCAACAAGCUUACUUUAAUGUUUGCAACCACUGCAACGCAAGUGACAAUCUGGCAGCCCCUGGCGCCGGUCUUCAACAACGAGCAGUUCCAUUGGUCAGCAGCUAUAAAUCUUCCCAGUUCUCCUUCUGUGAGAGUUUUAGGACGGUGA